UGCGCACAAAAAGUACGCGUGUAGUAUAGUCUAGUUUAUGAGCUAGAGAGCCGAAGGAAACAGCAAGUAAAGAGAGACGCAGACAUGUCAGUAGGAGCUCAUCGACUGCGUGUGCGUAACGCCGCCCAAAUCGUGACCGUGUGCUCGCGAGGAGAGCGAGUGUUGCGAGGAGGGGAGAUGGGGAAUGUGGCCGUGCUGGAGGGAGAAGAAGGAGAAGGAGUGGGGUUGGCGGUGGACGGCGACGGGAAGAUCGAAGCAGUCGACCUAGACUCGGAAAUCGACGCUGCCUUGCAAGGUUGUACUUUUGAUCACGUGAUCGAUGCCAGUGGCCAGUGUGUGAUUCCAGGUCUGGUUGACGCCCACACUCACCCAGUAUGGGAAGGAGACCGAGUCCACGAGUUUGCCAUGAAGCUGGCUGGAGCAACUUACAUGGAGGUCCAUGCAAAGGGAGGAGGGAUUCAUUACACAGUCGACUGCGUUCGUCGUGCAAGUCUGGACCAAUUGUACACCUCUCUGGACCGGCGACUGACUGCCAUGCUGACCACUGGGACCACUGUGGUAGAGGCCAAGAGCGGGUACGGUCUGGACCUGGAGAACGAGACCAAGAUGUUGCGAGCCAUCGAGCGAGCCAAGAGAGAGCACGCCAUGACCAUCUCCUCCACCUACUGUGGAGCUCACGCCAUUCCAAAAGGAAGCACGGCAGAGGAUGCAACUCAAGACGUGGUAAAUGUCCAGAUCCCCGCACUCAGAGAGCUCUGUGCCACUGGCGAACUCAGCAUCGACAACAUCGAUGUCUUCUGCGAGAAAGGGGUCUUUGACACGGAUGCCUCGCGACGGAUCCUCAGCACCGGGAAAGACGCCGGGUGGAAGUUGAAUUUCCACGGAGACGAACUCUUCCCAAUGAAUUCUGGAGAAUUUUUUUGA